CUUCCUUCUCUCACUCUCACAAUUGGCCAUGGUAGGGUACUGAAGGACACGCUUCCAUCCCCUCCAGAGGCCCAUCCUUGCCUAACCAGUGCUAAGGAGCCCAGACUCCAGAGCAAUGAAACAUGGCCAGCACUACCCUGCAUCCUUGGUCCUGGGACUGGUGCAGGUUUGCUUGGCCCAGGCGAAUUUUGCUCCUUAUUUCUUCGACAAUGGAGCCAGCAGCACGAAUGGAAACAUGGCCCUUUUCAGCCUUUCGGAGGACACCCCUGUGGGCUCUCAUGUGUACACACUGAAUGGAACUGAUCCAGAAGGAGACUUUGUCACCUAUGGCAUUAGCUUUGAGUCCAAUUCAAGAAAUUUCUUUUCCAUUGAUCCAAACUUUGGAAAUAUCACAUUGAUCGAGGAGUUGGACAGAGAGAGAGAAGAUGAGAUUGAAGCCAUAAUCAGCAUCUCUGACGGCCUGAAUCGAGUGGCAGAGAAAGUUCUGAUUCUGGUAACUGAUGCCAAUGAUGAGGCCCCACACUUCAUCAACACACCCUAUAUCAUCCUUGUCCCUGAGGACACACCUGCAGGAAGCAGCAUCUUCAAGAUUCAAGCUGUGGACAAGGACACUGGAUCUGGAGGAAGUGUCACCUAUUUCCUGCAGAAUUUCCACAGCAAGUUUGCAAUGGACCGCCACAGUGGAGUGCUACGCAUCAGAGCUGGGGCCUCUCUGGACUAUGAGAAGUCAAGGACUCAUUUCAUCACUGUCAUAGCCAAGGAUGGUGGAGGGAAGCUCCGAGGAGAUUAUGUGGUACUCUCAGCCACCACUACCAUUACCAUCAAUGUGGAUGAUGCCCAGGACACAGACCCUGUCUUUGUUGGCACGCCAUAUUAUGGCUAUGUCUAUGAGGAUUCCAAUCCAGGUUCAGAGAUCCUGACGGUGGUUGCUGUAGAUGGUGAUCGGGGUAACCCUAACAUGGUACUCUAUAGCCUUGUGAAUGGGAGUGAUGAAGCCUUCAGAAUCAAUGAAACCACAGGAGGCAUCUCUGUCACAGUGUCCCCCAGCCAACUCAAGAAAGAGAUGUAUGAGCUGAGAGUACAGGUGUCAGAGGUCGGUCCCAGAGGUCGGUCCUCAGCAGCUCAGGCUUCAACUACUGUGACCAUCAGAGUAGUUGACCUCAACAACCAUCCCCCAACAUUCUAUGGCGAGAAUGGACUCCAGAAUACAUUUGAGCUGACGAUGUAUGAGCAUCCAUCUGAGGGAGAGAUCCUUCGGGGUCUCAAGAUCACAGUUAAUGAUUCUGAUCAGGGAGCAAAUGCCAAGUUCAACCUGAGGCUUGUGGGAGCUGGGGGUAUCUUCCGGGUAGUUCCCCAGACCGUCUUGAAUGAAGCUCAGGUCACCAUCAUCGUGGAAAAUUCAGCUGCCAUUGACUUUGAGAAGUUCAAGUUCUUAUCCUUUAAGCUUCUGGCUGUGGAAGUGAACACUCCAGAGAAAUUCAGCUCCACAGCAGACAUCAUGAUCCACCUUCUGGAUACCAAUGACAAUGUUCCCAAGUUUUCCUCUGACUACUACAUUGCCCGGAUCCCGGAGAAUUCUCCAGGGGGGUCUAAUGUGGUGGCCGUCACAGCAAUGGAUCCAGACUCAGGACUAUGGGGUGAAGUCAAAUACUCCAUUUAUGGAGCAGGAGCAGAACUAUUCCUGAUCCACCCAUCUUCAGGAAUCAUCUAUACUCAGCCCUGGGCUGCCCUGGAUGCUGAGGCCACCUCAAAGUACAACUUCUAUGUGAAGGCAGAAGACACAGAGGGCAAAUACAGCCUUGCCGAAGUGUUUGUCACAGUGCUCGAUGUCAAUGACCACUCCCCAGAGUUUGACGAAAACAUUCAGGAGAAGACAAUGGUCCUAGGAACCCCAGUAAAAAUUGAGGCAACAGACCAUGAUGCAGAAGAGCCAAACAAUGUUGUAGACUAUUCCAUCAUGCAGGCAGAACCUGCCAAUGUGUUUGACAUCAAUGAGAGCACGGGUGAGAUCCGGCUGAAGGCCUUUGUUCACUCACUGGACAUCAUACACAACAUCACCAAGAACAGAGACUGCACCUGGUCUGUGCUGGUCCAGGCCAAGGACCGGGGUUCCCCAUCCUUCAGCACCACAGCUGUGCUAAAGAUUGACAUCCUGGAUGAGACCCUGAGUAGAGGGCCCAUGGCUGCAUUUCUGAUGCAAACCAAAGACAACCCCAUGAAGGCCAUAGGCGUGCUGGCUGGAGUCAUAGCCAUCAUGGUCGUCAUUACUGUCUUCAUCUCCACGGCCAUGUUCUGGCGCAACAAGAAGUCCAACAAGAUUUUACCAAUCCGGCGGGUGAUCCGAAAGAGGCCAAGCCCGCCAUCCCGCUCCAUCAGGGCAGAGUGGAUCAAAUUCAAGAGGUCUCAUGCAGGAGACAAGUUUGCAGUCAAGGACGAACUGCCCAAUGACAAUCAUAAUAACAACAGCCUGAUGUUCUCCCCACCUCCCACCGCACCAGCCUUGCCCCCUCCACCCAUCACCAUCCCCAAGAUCAGUCCCUCAGAGUGGACAGUGCCCACAGUCUCAGGCUCACUGACUCCCAAGCAUAUUCGUAAGCCAAUGAAGCAAAAGGCCUUGGAUAGACCUGUCCAAUCAGCCCUUGUUUCUGAGCUCAAACAGAAAUUUGAAAAGAAGGCUGCGGACAACAAACCUUACUUCUAAGAAAUCUACUGUAACCACUCUCAAGGCCCUGAUGACUUAGAAUCGGGCAGAAGCAAUUCAGAUGUUAGUCACUCAUUUUUUGUGCAAGUAUUUACUGCUCAUUUGCAUGGAUUCUCUGCCAAUCUCCUUUUCCGUUUUGCAGUGGGAAUCGUUUCUGCAGUGACCUAGAAUGUAGGUGCUAAUCACUAGAUCAUAGUCUGACCAUAUGCACUUACUUCUCUCCCCUGAAACUUUACCCAAUGUCCAACUGUAACAAAGUGUUUGCUGACUGGUGUUUGAGCUGCCAUUGAAUGGGGCUUUACAGAUCUUCUUGUACCUACCCCCAUCCCUGGAAAAACUUCAGUUCAUUUGGCCAUUAUUUCUGAGCAGCCUGACCCAACGGAACCUCAGUUUAUGAACAGGACUCCUGCCAGAUGUGAUGAGACAUCUAUAAUGUAAUGCUGAUCCAGGCUGUUAUCACAAAACUAACUUCCAAAUGCUAGAAGUUUCUUGAUAAAGGGGUGAGAGAGGGUAGUAAUAAUCUUCUGUCUUGACUUAAGUAAAGCAACUUCAAAGGAGGUAUUUUGAGAGCUGUUAGGAAAAGAGACACAGUCAAAGGGAAGUCAAAGGUGAGCUGAAAAUGCUCAUUAAACCAUACAAUUAAAGGAAAAGGGGAAAGGCUGUUGUCUAGGUCUUUAAGGUGAAAAAUUGAUAGGUUAUAUUUUUAUCCUCUAUACCUGAAGGGUUUGCAACAAAGAAAACAUUAGCCAAUUUUUCCCAUUGGUGGAAGCAGCCCACUGGGGGAAUGGCACAUUAGUGCCUGGGGAUGAAAUGGGAACUACAAAUGUUGCCCAAGUUCCAAUUCAUCAGACUGAACCAUACACAGCUGCAAAUACUGCAUCCCCAUACAUACCCAUAAGUAUUCUAAGCCUCUCCUCGGUCAAUGGAACUACCCUGGGGUGGUAGUUCCAAGAAGAGGCAGCAAGGUAUAGUAGAAACAGGAUGAACUAAGCCUUAGGGGACCCAGAUUCUAGUCCUGAUUCUGCUAAUAUUCUGGUGGAUGUUCUUGAUUCUGUUGUGUAACCUUGGGCAAAUCACUUAACUGCUCUGUGUUUCAAUGAAUUUACUAAAAGAGGUCAGUAAAUUCUGCCCUGCCUAACUCACAGAAUUGUGAGGCUCAGUUGAGUUACUAAUGAAUGGGAACAGGCUUGGAAUGCUACAAGGCAUUCUGCAAAUAUAAGGGGGCAAAAACAGUGGUCUGAGAGUUAAAAGACCUGGGUUUGAGCCCUGAGUCUAUUACUGCCUGUGUUACACUAAGCAAGGUAGUUAUCCUCUGAACCUUAAUGUUCUCAUCUGCAAAAGAGGGGUGUACUUUGCAUUACCUAUCUCACAGGGCUUCUGUGAGGAAAGUGCUUUGUAAACUUGAAAGUAUCAUAUAAAUGAGAAUGAUUGUUAUUAUUAAGACUUGUUCAUAAGAACACAGUUGUCCCACAAAGUAUUCAGUGUCCCCUGUCUCUCGUGAGUUUGCCGCAGAGUCACAAUGUUUGUGUGAAGUCAAUUUUUUUUCUCAAUAGGGUCACUCUCUUGCCCAAGCAACACUGCUACUCAGCCAGUCACUUAUGUCAGUGUUAUACAAGGGAACAGCCAGAGAAACAAAAGAAAUUUUAGAAAUAAGAAAACAAGUGAUGGAAUAAUCCUCUUAGAUACCCUUUCUCCCUUGCUUUCAGAUAGCCAUAUCCACAGAAUUAUAGAAUGUUAGAGGAAGAAUGGGCCUUGAAAAUCAUCUCGUUCAAUAGCUUCAUUCUAUUUAUGAGGAAAUUGAGUCCUAAAGAUAUGAAGCCAUUUCUUCAGUCACACAACUCUAGUUAGUGGCAGAUGCAACACAAGAAAGAAUUCAGGUCUCUUAGGUCUUGGCUUUUUCCACAACACUACAUAUAAAACUCAGCUUGGGUGUAUAGCUUAAGAUUUUGACAAUCCUUCUCUAAGAGAUAGAAAAGGAGGGUAUCCAUAGCCUAUAUAGGUGGGACCUGCUUUAAGCAAAUUCAUUCUAAAGAAAACCAGGAACACAUAAAAAGAGAAAUGGAAGGGAAUUACUUGCUUACAUUGGUAGUCAGCACCUAUGCCAUUUCAGAUGAUUUUAUCUUUUAAAAUUUGACUUGCACAUAACUUUUCUUUGGGUGAAUGUGUUUAUACAAUGUGUUCCAUGCCACCUUAUAUCUGGGCUCCAUGUUGGGUUUUUCUUCAAAUGCAUGGCACUGCCAUUAUUUAAGGUUAAUAAUUAUAGCUAACAAUUUGGGAACAGAGAAAGGAUCAGCAGAUUAAAUGAAACAAACCAGAAGAAUAGGAUGAAAGUCCAACAAAUAUUAGGGUGGGGUAGUUUUGUUCUAUACCAUGGAUGUUUGGGGACUUUUUUUUCAUUGAACAUUACCAUUCCUACCAGUUGUAUUGUAUUUCAUUUUUUUUUAUAAUUAUUAAAUUAAAUCAAAGCCAUGGGUUUGUUUUUUUGGUUUUUUUUUUUUACCAUAGGUACCUUCUGAUCUUGGUCUUUCAUUCUUUCACCCACCCUCUCUACCCCAAAAGACAGUGAGUCAAUAAAAAAAAAACACCUGAAGUUUAAUAAGCAAAGAGAAAAGAAAAAAGGAGGGGAAAAGUGGUUGAAAACUAUAUGUCUUCUUAGGCAGCUUGGACCUGGAGUCAGAAAGAGCUAAAAUCAAACCCUGCCUCUGACAUUUAUUGGCUCUGUGACCCUGGGCCAAUCUCUCAACCUUGGUUUCUUCAUCUUUAUGGGGAUAACAAUGGAGCCUACUCUAUAAGGUUGUAUGAUGACAAAAUGAAAAAAAUAUAUAUAUUUAAAGUGCUUUGUAAGCCUUACAGCACUAUAGAAAUUCAAUGUAUCAUUAUUAUGACUUAUUAACUUGCCACAGAUAACAUCUGAGAAUAGCUUCUAUUUGUACUGGUACUUUGCCCCCCCCCAAAAAAAAAAAUCUGUUUCUUAUGAAUUAAAGCAGCUAAGCAAGCUUUAAGGAAGAAAGGAAGGAAACAUUUUUAUGAU